AAUCCCAAAAAUUCUUUUAUCUUAGUAGGUUCAUCAGAUUAGGUUUAUUUUCUUAGAUGUAUUAGAUAACAGUAAGUGUUAUAUUGUAGUGACAAUUGGUGUACACUAGGGAGAGCAAUCAUUCAGAGACCAGUAGGACCAUCUCAGAAUAGUAACCUUUUCGAUGUUGUGAGGAGAGCCUUUCACAGUGAAGUGGACUUUGGAUUUUCUGCAGAAGGAAGUUGUUGCACCAUGGCUGUGAUGUGCACGUGUAUUCAGAUGAACAUGUAGUAUUCCUAGUGUUUUAGUAUUAGCGUUUUGCAUUGGCCAGAGCAAUCCUUAUUUUCAUCUGCAACAUUUUUUGUUAUAUUUCAUUUGUAGUAAAAUACUGUCCAGCUGCAGUUUAUUACUUUGCUGAAUGAAAUAACCCACAUUAAUUUGAUGAUUAGUUUUUACAUUUUUAACUUACCACUAGAUAUACUAUAUAGAUAUAGAGAUUGUGAUGAGUAAAAUAAAAAAUCUUAACGUGAAUUUCUGAUCCAUUUUUCCAGGUGUUUGGGUGGUUUGCAUUUUCUUUUCUUUUGACACUGUCAGUUUUUACCUUACAAAAUGUUUGAGCACAGGUAUGAUCUUAUAAUAACGCCACUGGCAGAGUAGUAAAGUACACCCAGUAUCCUAUGUGGUAGCUAAAAGCAAAUACCCCUCACCCACACAUCUUUUGUGAAGCAGAUGUUUGAGUGAAAUGUAACCAUACUGUAUUGGUAUUUCACUACUCUUUGCUUGUUAUUUGUAUAAGAGGCCCAGACCAAGAUCUCCAGUUGGCUUCAUCAUAACUUAUAACGUGAAUGGGGAACAUAAUAUGCUAUCUAUAACCACAUUCAGGAGUUCCAUGUAGGCAUUUUUACUCUGUCUCAGACCAUUUGAAAAAACAUGUUUCCAAUGUUGACUUUGUCGCUUGUCUGGAAUUCUUUAUUGGUAGUCAUCUCAUAUUUAGAUGAAUUCGUAUGCAUAGUCCAUCAAACUCCAGUGAGAAUAAAAUUAUUGUCAUUAUGAAUGAAUCAAUCUUCAUUUUUCUCUAUUAGUUGAUUAAUUGCUUGGUAUUCACUAUGUCAGAAAAUAGUGAUAAAAAACACCCAUAAUUCCCAUCAUUUCCCAAAGCCUUACACCUGGCAGAUUCAAACUGCUCAUGUUGUCAAUUUAACAGUCCAAACCCCAAAAGUAUGUAGUUAAAUGUCACAAAAGACUAAAGAAAGCAGAAAAUAUUUACAUUUCAGGAGCUGAAACAAGGAAUCUUUGGCGAAUUAUCGAUUCAAAAGUGGUUAAUUUUCUGUCGUUUGACAAAUUAAUUAAACGACAAGGAGAUCGUUUCAGCUCUAGAGAAUGUUGUGAUUAAAUGAUCUGUAGCCUAUGCCCAGACAGCCUAACAGUGGACCUCUUGUAGGCAGAUAAAAACUUGGCACGAAGAUGUGUGAUGUCUCCGGACCAUCAUUCAGCUAAAGAAACUAUAGGUUUAUGCGGGAGAGACGUGAAGCGAGUCAGGGAGUUCUCUGUGGUCGCCAGUCAUGUGCCACAGAGGGAUCAGAGGUAUAUUUGCGUGGUGACUUGAGUCAACCGACCGCUGUGAACGCGCACGUACGAGCCACUCAAGUUCCCACCCAUUGCGUCAGCGCGCUCCCUCACCCUCCCCGUCAGCGCGCGUGCUCCGUGUGGGAUGCUGAAUUGUAGGUGAUGAUGGCGGAAGGGGAGCAACGCUGAGUUUCAUCUGACAGCUGUACAACCAUCUCCGACACCGUUUCUCUCCGUCGAGACCUUUCCCGAGGCGAUGGGGAACGAAGCCAGCAUGGAAGGGGAGGGACAGGCGGGGCAGCCCGGCUCCGCUGUCCCUGCAGCGGCGGCUCCGGCUUCCAUUUCAGCACCACCGGACUCUGGACAGCUCAUCAAGCCGAGCAAUGGAGCGCCAGCCGGAGGAAGUGGGGCUGGACCCGGGCCGGGGAUUAACAGACCACCUCCGUCAGACCCGGGCCCUAAAGCAGGAGUCCAGAGUGGACAUGGGACAGGCGACAGGUUGGCCUCUCAUGAAACCCGUCAACAUGCUGCCCCUCAAGGAGAGCAGGGCCAGGGUCAUGUGGCCAGGAAGAGUCUGCAGGUGGAUGUGGGUAGCAGCAGGACUGGGAGAUCCCCGUCUGUGUCGCCGGACCGAGGCAGUGUCCCUACCUCCCCUUACUCUGUGCCACAAAUUGCACCCAUGCCCAGCAGCAAACUGUGCCCCGUCUGCAAAACCACCGACCUGAUGGGCACUGGGGAUGACAAGCUGAACUUCAACACCUGCACACAAUGCUGCUCCAUGGUGUGCAACCAGUGUGGCUUCAACCCCAACCCCCACCUCACAGAGGUUCAAGAGUGGCUAUGCCUCAACUGUCAGAUGCAGAGAGCGUUGGGGAUGGACAUGACCACGCCACGCUCCAAGAGUCAGCAACAGAUACACUCUCCUUCUCAUGCAGCCAAACCAGAACUUAAACCUGAUGCUCCGACACAGCCUGCACCCCAGACACAGGUCCCUCCUCAGAUGCAGCCUCCUGUGCAGGUUCAUCCAGCACCUGGCCCCACCAAACAGACUGGUCCAGCUGGCCCAGGUCAGCAACAAGUAAAGCUCCCUCCAGGGGCAGUCCCUCUCCCAGGCAUGGCCAAGGCCCCCUCCCAGCCUGAUCUGUCCCACAACUCUCCUGCCCACCAACCCCAGCACCCCCGCCAAGACCAGACUCGCAGUGCAGGGAGCUCCCCAUCACGACAGCCCCCACCUCCAGAGCAAACCUUUGGGAAGUUGUUUGGCUUUGGAGCUUCUCUGCUUAACCAGGCCAGCACUCUCAUAUCUGAGACUACUCAACCCCAACAACAGCCCCCAAAACCGGCCCCCAAACCAGCAGGACCUCCUGGUCCAGCGCCUGGGGCAAGUAAACCCUCAGGACCUCAGCCUGCACAGCAAGGGCCUCAAGCCCCUGCUCAGCAGCAACAACAGCCCGCUCCCCCGGACUCUAAACCCAAAGCUUGUUGUCCUCUCUGCAAGACAAACCUCAACAUCGGCAACACAGCAGAACCACCAAACUACAACACCUGCACACAGUGCCACCACCAAGUGUGCAACAUGUGUGGGUUCAAUCCCACUCCACACCUGGUUGAGAAGAAAGAAUGGCUGUGCUUAAACUGCCAGACACAGAGGGCUCUGUCAGGAAGCUUGGGAGAUAUUCCAGGUCCUGUUGUACAGCCCAUGGGAUCCCCCCGGCCACCUGCUACAGCCAAUCAACAACCACCUCAACAGAAAGGGCCCAAUCAACUUUCAGGGCCUAGGCCCUCAGGUCCUCAACAACAACAGAAACCACCGGGUCCCCAAGUAAGUGGCCCUCUCUCUCCUGUGAAACAGGCUGGGCCUGCCCCUCAUACCAAGGGGCCCAGCCAAGCUCCCCCUCAAACCAAGGGUUCCGCCCAACCUGUUCCUCAACCUAAGGGUUCAACUCAGCCACCUUCCCAAACUAAGGGUCCAACACAACCCUCAGCUCAGAGUAAGGGACCUCAAAUUAAAGGUCCUAAUCAAUCACAUGCUCAAAGUAAGGGCCCUGUUCAGUCCGGUAACCAAAUAAAGGGCCCAAACCAGGCCAAAGGGCCGAUUCAGACAAAGGGAUCUGCUGCGCCCUCUGCUCAGACUAAGGGCCCUUCUCAUCCUUCUGGUGCCAAGGCGUCAUCCACCCCUGGUAAAUCCACAGCCAACCAUGCCAAGGCCUUUCCCACCCCAUCAAAAACAGUACCUGCUCAGUCUAAACCCACAGGUAACAACCAGGCCCGCAAACAGCCGCAGAGCCAGGAGAAGACUAAAGUCACAUCUAAAUCUCUUAAAGAAGACAUCAAGGCCUCACCAAAGAAGGCAUUGUCAGAGACUGUCACUUCACCAAAAGACAUGAAGAUAGCUGAAGAUGCACAGAAGUCAAGACACCAUGAAGAUUACAACAAAUCAAGUACACAGAGUUUAAGUGACACUGGAUACUCCUCAGAUGGGAUCUCCAGCUCUCAUGGGGAGAUUACAGGCCAGAUCCAGGAAGAAGGAAACAAACUCAAUGAAAGAGGUGCUUCCAUCCCCUCAGAAAUCACCAAACUAGAGAGCUCCAUGAAGCCUCUACUAGAGUCAAAGACUGCCUCAGACCAGAAGCACAGGCCACAUUCACUGUCUGUAGGAAAGGACCGGGACUACAGUCCUGAUGACGAUGCAGCAAGAGAUGAAUCAGAGGAUGAACUCAGUUGUAAGCUUCGCCAUGAUUAUGUGGAGGACAGCAGUGAAAGUGGUCUGUCCCCAUUGCCAGUAAGGCAGAAGAAGUCACAUAAAGAUUUAACAGAUGAGGAGUUCAUGAGGAGGCAAAUUAUGGAGAUGAGUGCUGAUGAAGAAGAGUUGGAAGAACACGGAAACCAGAAAACUAAAAGGGGACAUAAAACCGGUGGGGAUUUGAGCAAAGAGAGACGACGACUCUCUCACCAUUCUAAUAGUUUUGAGGAUGAAACUAAGACAUCAGAGGGUGCUUAUAAGGCAAAUGAAGAGGAAGAUGUUGUAAUGGCUGGAGGCCUUCGGCGAUUUAAAACCAUUGAGCUGAAUAACACCAACAGCUACAACCGAGACAUGGAGCUCAGUACUGAGCAUGACCUACGAGAACCUGAGCUAGAAAUGGAGAGUCUGACUGGUUCUCCUGAAGAGCGGUCCAAGGGAGAAUAUUCAUCCACCCUACCUGCCACCACUCCCAGCUACACAUCUGGAACAUCCCCAACAUCUGUGUCGUCCAUGGAGGAUGACAGUGACAGCAGCCCUAGUCGUAGGGCAAGACUAGAGGAGGCAAAGCAGCAGAGGAAAGCUCGACAUCGGUCCCAUGGGCCACUGCUGCCCACUAUUGAGGACUCAUCUGAGGAGGAUGAGCUCAGAGAGGAGGAAGAACUACUUAGGGAACAGGAGCAGAUGAGAGACCUAGAACAACAGAGGAUCCGAAGCACUGCUCGAAAAACAAAGAGGGAUAAAGAGGAGCUACGGGCACAGAGGCGCAGGGAAAGAUCCAAAACUCCCCCCAGUAAUCUCUCUCCUAUUGAGGAUGCAUCGCCAACAGAAGAGCUGAGACAGGCUGCAGAGAUGGAGGAGCUUCACAGAUCAUCAUGUUCUGAAUACUCACCAUCUAUGGACUCAGAGGCAGAAGGCUUUGAAAUGAUUAGUGGAAAGCUUUACAAAUCAGGAAAUGAAUACAACCUUCCAACCUUCACAUCCCUCUACUCUCCUACAGAAAAGACAUCAGCAAUGUCACCCUCUGAUAAAACACUAAAAAGUGCAGAGGAGGUCUAUGAGGAGAUGAUGAAGAAGGCGCAGCUCAUGCAGAGGCAAGGACAAACAGUUCAUCAGCAGAUUGGUGCCCCUCAGCCUGACAGUAAACAUCAUCUUGAAGCAGGAACUGUUCUAACCCCCGGCUCAAGCCCAACACAGGUUACUGCACCUAUGUCCUUCUCCACAACAGGCAGUGAUCCAAGAAUUUCAGGAAUUCAUGCAGCACAGCAUCUAUCAAAAGAAACACAAAAUAGGAUGAUGACACAGAGUGCCAAAAUUGAAGGUGUUGUUGGAGUUGCCACAACCAAAGCCCAAGUCAGUCAAACUGCCGCAACUCGACAGGCUGGUAGCACAGUGCCUGCCAGCAACAGAACAGGCUCCCAGAGGCCAACAAAGGCAUCACCUGACCCUGGAGCAUCCUCCCUAACCUCCAAAGUUUUCUCCCUUUUCAAGGGUCCCAGCCCCCCAGUCUCCCCCACCACUUCUCCGGCACAAAGCCCAACGCAUAUGCCGUCCGUGAGACCCACUGGUAGUAGUGGCAGGCAGCUGCCAUCUUUGCCUGGUGGUCCUACAUCAGCUGCAGCAUCCCAAGGAGCCCAGGCAUCUCAAAGGGCAAUGUCACCACGUCUUACACGACAACAGUCCUCUCAAGAUUCACCUGUGAUGGUGAUAACAUUAGGCUCUGAUACAACUAGCCCUGCCAAGCCACUUACUGUAAAUUCAUCCACUUCCCCUUUGUCAUCACCAACACAAAUCAGCUGUAAAACCUUGUAUAGCUCCCAGUCCCCUUCGACAAGUUCCCCAACGUCACCACAAAUGCAUCCUUUACAACAGUCUCCUAAACAUUCUUCACAGAUGGCUCAAAAUGUUGAAAAAGUAAAUGUUGGUAUUAGCACCGUGACCACAACUGCACAUAGUCGUGGAUCUAUGGAAAAUAUAUCUUUGUGUAAAAUCUCAAAUAUUCCAGGCACUUCAAAAGUUGUGGGUCAGGGCCAAACACAUCCAAGCACUAAUGUGGUGGAUCUGAGAGCCCCAUUGAGGCCAGCUCCAAUUAUAAUGACAGACCAAGGGAUGGACCUAACAUCCCUUGCCUCUGACACAAGAAGAUACUCUUUAGGAGCAGAGCAGCCAUCUGGUCGACACACAGCAGUGCAACCUCUUAUUAUGAACCUUAAUGCACAAGAGCAACCACACAUAUCUAUGUCAACACCGACCACAGUUAGCAUCACAGUUGCAGGUUCGAUGUUCAUGUCCCAACCCAAGCAGCCAAUUGUGUAUGGAGAUCCUUUGCAAAACCGUGUGGAUUAUGGGCAGGGUGUUGGAUCAGCUGUGUGUUUAACCCAGAGUAAGCCACCAGUUACUGACCCUUCUAUUCCGAAAAUUGAUGCCUGCCUGGAAAACCUGGGUAUACAACAGCAACAACUGCAGUUACAGCAGCAGAAGCUCCUGCAGCAGCAACAACUUCUUGAGCAGCAGCUCCAGCAGCACCAACAGCAAUCCUCUUUUGCUCGUUACAAUUUAGCUAAUCAGGUCCAGCCACUGCUGAUGAAAAAAGAUCUUGUAGUGAGCCAAACAAGCAGUGCCCAGCCUGUAGUGACUGCUAGUGCCAUUCCCAGAGUAUCCCCCCUGGCUCCACCGACAGUGUCUGGGGGUCCUGCUUCUAAUGCAACUCAUGAAAUCUAUGGUGGAGUUGCCUUGGAGCUAAAAAACAAGCCAACCAUAAUGAAUUUAUCCACAGGUAAACCACAUGUUAUGAUGGUGCAACUUGAUGAGAGUAGCACAUCACAGGAGGGCACAGUCACUCAACUGGUAAAGAGAGAGGAACCUCCUCCCCCUCCUCAGGUCUUAGAUCUCACUGGACAGAUCAAACCAGAAAACCAGGUGGCUUGUUGUGAUGUUGUUUACAAAUUGCCCUUUGCUGGUUCCUGUUCAGGGUCAUUCACCCAGAAGCCUACAGCAGCAUCCUCAGAUAAAACCCCCACCACUGAAACAUCUCAAGCCGUCCACCCUCCCCAUCCACCACACUACAAUGUCAGCCAACAACAACACCAGCCCCAAGCUACACAAGGAGUGACAGAGGAACAUAAACAAUAUCAACCACCCAUAGUCUUCUCAGGAAGAAUACAGCCCUCCAUGUCUGAUACUAAUCUGCCUUCCAUGACUGAUGCUAGUCACUAUCAGAGUAAUGUCCAAGGGGGUCUGGCAGUAGAUCUUAGCAACAUGAAUCAGGCAUAUGAUGGUGGAUACCUUGGCAUGGGAGCACAGUAUGGAUCUUACACAGACUUGCGUCACCAAGGAGAUUUUGCAGCCCCAUCAUUACCCCUUCGUCGAUAUGGCUCCAUGUCAAACAUAAAUUCAGAAUAUGCCUACAGCUCACGUGACCUAGCAGGAUCACAGGACUCCAGUCUGGCUCAGUACAGUGCAACCACCGCGAGGGAAAUCAGUCGCAUGUGUGCAGCUCUUAACUCUGUGGACCAGUUUGGAAGCCGGUAUGGAACUAACCCUGAACUUGUACCAUAUGGGGCUGGAAGGGGUGGAACUUUAGCUAGGCUAAAUCUUCAGCAAAGCUUAGCGUCAAUAAGAGCAAACCUACUGUAUGGUCCAGAUGGAAGACCAACUGCAAAUGGCCAAACGCUAACAAACCUGAUAAAUGCUAGACAAGCAAGUAUACGCGCCUUGUACCCUGCUGCUAUGAGAGGAGGUGAUGGCAUGAUAUAUUCCACCAUAAACACUCCCAUAGCCUCUACUUUGCCAAUUACCACCCAGCCUUCCUCUGUCAUGCGUCCCAUGCCUAGAGGAAUUUACAGACCAUACCCUACAGGUGUAACUGCUGUACCAUUGGCUAGCCUCACUAGGUUGCCUCAAUUGACUCCCAGAAUGCCUCUGUCCACACAGGGACAAUAUCCCUACCCUCCUCCAAACCAGUAUACAACUUCAGGCACACCAUCAGGAAGUGUGCCUGAUGCAAGCAGCUCACAUCAGGAAACCCCUGUAUACCUUGGAAAGCCUUUAACAACAGUUGCUGCGCAAACGGCUGCAACCAUUCCACCAACCCAACCUGCAGCACAAUUAGGAAUACAAAGUAUACCGGCAACUGGUAUGCAAACCACGGCAGAUCAGCAGACAGACCGUAGUCAACUCACCUCACAGAGUGUUUCGUCCCUCUCUCAACCUCAAGGCCAACCUCCAACUGUCCAGCCAGUGCAGGCUCAAAUGCAGCCACAACAGUUACCUACUCAAACUGAACCUUUAUCUUUGACUCAAAUCCAACCACAAGUUCAACCGAUCAGUCAGCCUCAACCAUUAGGUCUGCCACAGGGCCAGCCACAAGCAACAACCCACAGUACUGCCCUAGCACAGAGUUCCAAACUUUCUCCUCCUAUAGAUACCCAGAAAGGUAAGGAAGAUGAUAGACUAAGUCAGCAACAAGAGCACAUGCUGCAGCUAGAGCGAGAGCGUGUUGAACUGGAGAAAUUCCGACAGCUGCGUCUACAAGAGGAGCUUGAAAGGGAUCGUAUGGAGCUUCAGCGACACAGAGAAAAAGAACAACUACUCGUUCAGCGUGAGAUUCAAGAACUUCAGACAAUCAAACACCAAGUCAUACAGCAACAGCAAGCAGAGCGGGAGACACAGCUCAUUAUGCAAAGAGAACAACUGGCCCAGCAGAGAAUGCAGCUUGAACAAAUUCAGUCUCUGCAACAGCAGCUCCAGCAGCAGUUAGAGGAGCAGAAAAGGCAAAAGACAGCAGCAGUGGAGGCAGCAGCUGCUGCUGCUGCAGCAGAGGCAGCUGCCGCAUCAGCAGCAGUGGCAGCAGCAGCAACGUCUGCCCAGGGUGCUAUACAAGGGGUAGUUGUUGGAGGAGGGCCCCCUCAAGGGUUUAUUAUCUGUGACCAGAGUGGUAGAGUUAUUCAACAAGAUGGACAGAGUGUUCAGUUUUGGCAAGAUGGACAAGUGGUCCAAGCCGUGGUGGCUGCUCGACCUAUUCAUAGUUCUGCCUCUGAAAUGUCUUUGAGAAGCAGUGACAAACAGGCUGAUUCCAAGAUUAUGAAAAAGCAGAAUUCCAUGCCUCGGCUGAGGGAUGGUACAGAGGAGGACUCUGUGAAGAGGAUUACAGACAGCUGUGUGCAAACAGACGAUGAAGAUGGAGAGGACAGAUUCAUGAACAGGCGUAGAAGAACAAGGCGUAUUGCGGACUGCAGUGUGCAGACUGAUGAGGAGGACCAGGGAGAAUGGGACCAGCAACCAGUAAGGCGCAGGAGAUCACGUGUAUCCAGGCACUCUGAAUCCAGUGGCGAGGCUAAAUCAGAAGGAUCAUCUAAAGUGGCUUCUGCAAGUAUAGCUAUUCAGACCACCAAUGAUUCGUCAUGCCAAACAGAGCCUGACCAAUUAGGCAGGAUUUCACCUGCGAUCCACAUUACCAUGGCAGAGACCUCAAAGGUUGACCUAUUACAUUACAUAGCAGCCCCUGAAAGGACCCACAAAGGAGAGAGUCUGGCCUGCCAGACAGAACCAGAAUCUCAGUCUCAUGGUGUGGUUGCCCCUCAGCUGAGUGUCCCUACAACUAUCAGUCCAUACUCCACAAGUCUGCAUAUGGUAGGUGCGAACACAUCUGACCCAACCUCUCCAAGACUCCAAGGAGUUGCCAAGUUUGAGAGGAGGAAACCAGACCCCCUUGAAAUAGGCUAUCAGCAGCAACAAAAUGAGUCUCCAUCUCGCCAGCCCCCAAAAUCUCCCCAGGUGCUAUACUCCCCUGUAUCUCCAUUGUCUCCUCAUCGCAUGCUGGAGACAACAUUUGCCUCCCAGGAGAAACUUAACAAGGCCCAUGUUACACCCCAGCAGAAAUCCUUUACUGCUGAAUCACCCCAACGCCACCAGACCCUACCAAGACCCAUAAAAAGUGUGCAGCGCUCCAUGUCGGAUCCGAAGCCUCUCAGCCCCACAUCAGAAGACCCUGCCAAGAACAGGUUUUCCCCAUAUCAUCAGCAAGCUCUUUCCAACAGUCAGCAGAUGGCCUCCCUGCAGCAGCAGCAGAACUCUCUGAUGAGGAAAGUAAAGAGGACUCUCCCUAGUCCCCCUCCAGAGGAGACUCCGCUCCCCAUUGUUACUCCAGCACAAAUGUACAGCUCUCCUGGCAUGCCCCAGAGGGUCUUACCCAGACCUUCCCAAGGAGUCACCAAGGCUGGCCUGCUGAGUGAACUGAAAGCUGUGGAACAAGAGUCGUCGAAGCUCCGUAAGCAGCAGGCUGAACUGGAGGAAGAAGAGAAAGAGAUUGACGCCAAGCUACGUUACUUGGAGCUAGGCAUCACCCAACGUAAAGAGACCAUGGUGAAGGAGAGGGAGAGGAGAGAGAUAGCUUACCUGAGAUGUAUGGGUGAUGCUCGGGACUACAUGUCAGACAGUGAGCUCAAUAAUCUCAGGAUGGCAGCUGCAACAGGAACCUUUGAUUCCAAUGGUCUGCUAACAAGGCCCAACACUGCACCAUUGAGCCAAUUUACUAAUGACCUCAAUUCAACCUCCCAGUAUCCCUCAACCUCAUCCUAUAUGGCUUAUCCAUACCCUCCAAGUCAACCAUCAACACAGCAACCAAGUUCUGCUUAUCAACAGAUAGGUUUCCAACCUCCUCAGUACCCUUCAUCCUCUGCACCCCAGCCAGGAACAUUCCAGCCCCAUCCCCCACCAGGACCUGGCUACCAGAAUCAGGGAACCUAUUCCUCCCGCAUGUAUGCCCAGUCCUCCUACCAGCCAGACCUUGGCAUGCAGCAGCAUGGUCUUCAGGGUUUCCAUCCACCUGGUCAGCCUAUGCCAGGGCAGAGCCUUCCUUACCCGAGCCAUAGCUCCUACCAACCUGUUCUCUCCUACCAGCCCCAGGCAGAGAUCCUUACAGUCCAUCAAAGACCGCGGCAAACCUCUUUGGCUGACCUCGAGCAAAAACUCCCCACCAACUAUGAGGUCAUCAGCAACCCGGCAGUGUCUGUGGCCACAUCAGCUCCAGAUACCAACUUUGGUUCAGUCUACAGCAAUGCGUAUGGACAAUACCGCCCCCCUGAGCCUGGCCUGUCUCACUCUGUAGAGAGCCCCACCUCUGCUUAUGCUUCAGAUGGACUCUACACCUCUAACCUGGAGCAGAAUAUUCCUCGGAACUAUGUCAUGAUUGAUGACAUCAGUGAGUUGACAAAAGACAACACUAGCCAACCUACUGAUGCUCUAGGCCAUCCUGUGGGAGGGCGGUAUCGCAGUGAGAAUGGUCCCGCACGUGGGAGUGCCUAUGGUAGGCCUGAAGAUGAGCCUGUGGAUGCUUAUGGCAGACCAACAGGCACAACGGGUUACCAAAGUACAGCGGACGGUCGCACCAGCACCACAGUGAGUGGAGGCUCUUCCUAUUACUAUGAUGAUUAUAAACACACAUCACGAAGCAGCUCCAGUAGCCACAAACUCACUCCCAAGAAUCUCGCCCCUGCAGUAGUCUCAUCUAAACGUAGUAAGCACAGGAAGCAGGGAAUGGAGCAAAAGAUUUCCAAAUUCUCCCCUAUUGAGGAAGCACGGGAUGUGGAGUCUGACCUUGCCUCUUACACAAUGACGACAUCAACAGGAGGGAGCUGUACUGUUGUGUCCAGAUCCAAGAAGCUUCAGGAUGAUGUCACCUAUGGGAUGAAGAAGAAUGCAUAUGACCAGCAGAAAUAUUACGGCACCAGUCGUGAGGGUCUUGAGGAGGACGACCGCAUGUACAGCUCUGGUAGGUCCAGGUCUACUGGAUAUGGUAUGGACAAGAUUUCAUCCAGAGAUGCCACAGGCCAUAGAAGUAAAUCCUACGAGAGGGAUGCCAUGGAGCGGUCUCAGAGAAGCAGCCGCGGAAGACCCCCUAUGCGUAGCCAGAAUUCAGAAGAGGAGAGCCCACUCAGUCCUGUUGGGAAGCCCGUAGGCAUGGGAAGAGGCUCUGUCAUACCAGACGCCCAUGAUGUAAGGAACCAGUAUGGCUCCAGUCAUUCAUUGCCAGAUGUGCAGGACCAUCACAAGAAGGACCUUCCCAGAAGUCAUGUCUAUAAACCAGACGACUCUUACCUCGUAGAUGACAUGCACUGUGCUGUUUCUGACAGUGAAGCCUAUCAUUUGGGCCAAGAGGAGACUGAUUGGUUUGAGAAGCCACGGGAGGCCCGUUCUGAUCGCUCAAGACAUCAUGGAAGUGGAAGUCACUCAUCCACAGGUAGGCGUAGUAAACACACCUACCAUGAUUAUGACGAACCUCCAGAGGAAUACUGUCCCCCUGAUGAGUACAACCAACAACGGCACCCCUCCUCCACAUCAUCACGGGACCACCGUCACCACGGCAGCAGCUCUGGCAGACACAGCUCUUCUCGCCACUCCUCAGAGGAUCCUAGGUCCUCCCGUUCUUCCAGGACACACCCCAAAGACCCACCUGGCCGCUCUGAUGGCAGAAACUCCUCAUCUACACAAAGAAGGAGCGGUCCAGACUCCCGUUCCGCCCAGGAAAGCCCCCGGAACUCAGGUGACUUCUCUCGAGACUCUGGUCUUCACCACGGCACCGGAGGACGGAGCCAGAGACCCCAAGGAGAUCGCACAGCCUCCAGGAGGCAGGAGCCCUCUCCAGCAGGGCCUAAACCACAGCAGCAGCCUCCUCAGGGCCAUGCUGGGCAGCAGCGGUCUGGUGGUCAGGGUCAAUCUGGGAGACAUCUAGGACCUGAACCACUCGAUGGUACCCAGCAGGCCCAGCAACAGCAUCACCAGAGUACACAACAGCAGCAGCAGCAACCACAGCAGCACAGUCAGACCCCUCAGAGCAACCAACCUACAACAACUGCAGGAGUUGGACCUGCACAGCAGCAGCCCAAAUCCAGCCAAGUGCCACCACAGGGACGGCAGCCAGGAGUAGGAUCUGCAGCUGGGCAGCCUGCUACCACAGUCGCUAAAAUGGAUACUACACCUGCAGCAGCAGCCACAGGAAUGAAACCUACAACAGGAGUCCCUGUAGGAGCACCACAGCCUACCAAAAUAGCUACACCCCCUCUAACAGGCAUUGGAUCCAAGGCUGCGCCUGUUGGGAUAGGUAGUAAACCUGUAGGUAUAGGCAGCGCUGCAGCAGGACAGGCACCCGCUGAAGGGGAAAAUGUUCUCACCAAAAUCCUGCAAGGAGGGGCAGCAGAGCAGGCGGGAAAACUGGGAGACGCUUUGACUGGCCUUGGGAAGAAGUUCACUUCAUUUUGGUGAACUCAAGAGAAGAGGGGUGUGCAGGGUUGAAAUGAGAUGGAUUGGUAGCUUUGUUCUUGAAAAACCUAUGAAACUGCAUUAAAUACAUUUCACAUUACAGAGGACAUAGAGGAAGAGAGAUCCUGAGUGCAUCAAGCUGGAAUCAAAGGAUGCCUUGUCAGCACUGAAUUCCCCAGACAUGGGCGCACGAUUGAAGUGAAUUAAAUAAGGGUGAAUGCUUUGUCAGCAUAGUGUUACAAGACAUGAGCAGAGCACUGAAGAGGCCUAAAAGUAAGUGGAUGCCUUGACAGAACUACAGCCCCAGAAUAAUGAUUGUGGAGAUGUCUGAUGCCUCAUUAGGCCAAUGGAGCACAACAACGGCCAAUAAUGAGGAUGUAGUGAAGCGGAAAAGAGAGGGGGAUGGGAGACUCUAGUGCUCCUUCCCCUUCUCUCCUAGAGAACGCCUCCUGGGAUCUGUGUGACAGUAAAAGGCCUGCUAACUGAAGCACCUGGAUAUCAUGGGAGAAAUUCAACGUGUUCGGUGGUGCAUGUCUCUUCUUUCAAACAGCUCAAUAAAGGAAGCCUCACAUCGCCCUCUACAGGGGUUUUAAUCGAACACCACUCAUGUCUGAGGAGUGCACAUCUGGCAAGAAUAUUUGAUUCUACAUUGAUUUCUUCAGAGCCUUUUAAUGCAAAACACUGAAAAAAAGAAGAAGACAGAUUUUCAUAGGUUUUCCUUGUACCAAAGAUACCGAUCAUAGCCUACAAUGACACCACAUACCUGGAGUAGACGAGGUGUAUCACAGCAAUGACAACCAACCUGAUGACUCCACCACAAUCCUUGAAUGCUUGGUUUCUUUGAUCUCUACAGUACAUUCCAGUAUAGGGAAUUUGACCCUUUCUUUGAAUGUUUUUUAAUUUAGCUCUUUUUGUUUUUAUGUCUACUGAAUGCUUUGUGUAAACGUGGACAUGAGAAUGCACGCACUAAUAAUUCAAAAACGGAAAAAAAAAGAAGCCCAUAUCAGAACUUUUUCACCACCUAUGAGAUGCCACUAGUCAUUAGCUGUAGGUUUUUAGGGAAUGGAAUUACUACCAGUGUGCCCACAAGUGUGAGAUUCACACAGAUGAGAGGACCAAAUGAAGGAGUGGCCACGGCUCUUUAUUAGCCAUCACAAAGCCAUCGUUAUAGUGAGACCCAGAGCUGACACGCUCUCUGGGGCUGACUAUAAAAAGGAUAAAAUCCCAGAAGGGACUUUAUUCUUUUUAUUGAUUUGUCUCAUCUUUUAGUUUCUUUUCAUUUUUGCCUGAUAUUCACUGAAUGGAAGAGCCUUAUUCAGUACACGUUUUUACUUGUAUACCUCACAUGUUUUAAAAUGUCCAUGUCAUCAUGUAUUUCUUUUUACACAACUGUAUACUAUUGUAUGUACAUAAAACAAUUCAGAGAUCUAAUUAUGUAAAUUUGUCAUUUGUGUAUUUAUGGAAUCACUCUCCAGUGACUUUCUUUUUUUUUUUUUUUGGUUGUGUUUUUCUUUGGUAAAACUUUAUAUUUUUCACUUUUUAUUUGUUUGAAUCUGUUUUCUUGCAUCAAAUAAUUUGCUUGUUGAUUUUUAAAAGCAAUAGCAUGCAGAAAAUGGUAUAUAGCACAAUCGUAUAAAUGUUGUUUAAAUUAGUGAUGGGAAAUAUCAAACACUUCUGUUGAUUAAAAAAAAUGUAAUACAAUUUGUCAGAGGGUUUACAACCACAGUACCGUGUCCUGAUGUGCAUGUUUUGUGCAGACGCAUAAGAGCAUGCAGACAGGUACUAACACAGUCACACAGACACUCGCUCUCUCUCUCUCUAUCUUCUGCAUACACAUUUGCACGCACGCGCGCACACACACACACACAUUACACUUUCUGCAUCCUUGUUACACUUCAGAGCCAAGGUUAAUUGUGUUUCCACUGAAUAGACCUGUUAACUUCCUGCUGAUUAAUGAGGUUACCAAUUCACCAACAAGAUGAUCUCACUAACAAGCUGGGCCCACUGCCUCUAUUUGUGUAAAGACACACACAAACACACACAACCACAUACAGAUAUAGGAGGGGAUGAAAGCAAUUAUCAAUUCAAAUGUUCUAUGCAAUGACUCAUUUUGAACCUGGAAGUGAUUCUGCCUAAAACAGUUUAUUACCAUUGUACCAUGUAUUCACAAGAAAACCACAAAAUUGUGAACUAAGAUAGUAAAAAAGAAAGGUUCAUGAAAAUGUUUUUACUUAGCAACUUGUCUCUAUGAAUUUGAAUAUUGAACUAGAAUUGUUUUUAUUUUCGUGGCAUGUUUUGACCCCUCACUCCCCACACGGGGGACUUGUUGCCAAAGGGUAAACUGUGUAGACUGUCGGUUUUUGAAUGUCCACCAUCAUGUUGCUUUGAAGCAUGGGUUUGCUUGGCUUUGUCUGGCUGUUUGUUAGCCCUCAUUCAGUUUUUGUGUGUUUUGGCUGACCUGGGCUCCUCAGUGUUUGGCUUGCAGUGACUGUCCGUGCUGCUAUAAACCUGUGAUACAGAUGGUCAGCACUUCUCAUUAAUACUUGUCAAUGUACAUAUUGGGUGUCAGUGUAACCUGUGGGGUGAAUGGAAUGCUUCUAUCUGAUAUUUCAUCGUUGAUUAAACCACUCAGCAGCCAAGCCAUUGGAAAGGUGCAUGAUUAGAUCUUAUAUUCUUGGAAGUUGUACCUGAUUAAAAAAAAAAAAAAGGUAAGGCAUGAUUUCACCAAGGUUUGCCUAACGAACCUUGACUAUCACAGGCCAACGUAGAGAAUAUUGAUGAGCAAAAUGUUCAGCCAGUCAUUCAAAAUCAGGGCAUGUCAUUUUGAAAGCACAAGUCAGACCGGUAGUACUCAAGGAAGCGCAGAAAAAUGGAGGUUGCGUAAGAGUGCCUCCCACUGAACAGUGUAUGAGAUCUGUAUCAAAACAAGAGGUAGAGAUGCUAUCUGGUCGAUACGAGGUGCAUGAGAUAAAACAGCCUUCAGUGCAGCCGUGCGAUUGACAGAAAGGCAGACAGACACACAUACUUAUUGUAAAUAUGAAUUCAUUCUUCUGUACAGCUUUUGAGUUUUGAGUACGGCUGUCAUGUGCAUCCCCAUGCCGUAUUUGCUGCCAACUUUUGUGUAUAAAAAGAAUAUUUAUUACCACAAUAAUGAGGAUGAUGACGAAACUAAUGAUGAUGAAUAUUAUAAUUAUUGCAUAAGCAUAGUGUAUGUGGCUGACUUGUAUUGACUGUUUACAACAGUGGAACAAAACACAUAUUCAGAAACAUCCAGUCUGUGUAUAGUUUCUAUACAUAUUGUGUUUGUAAAACAAUAAGAAAACACCUCCACAGUAACUGCAGAGUAGAAUGCCUUUGUCAGUCUAUUGGGAGGUCUUCAAUUUGAUGGAUAUGAUCUGCAAGGUGAAGAGGGUAAAGGAAAGAAGUGGGAAAAAAUGAACCAAAAAAUCUGGAAAAUGUCAUUCACUGUUGUAAGUGCAAUGGGCAAAACGUCAGUCGUGUAUCCAUUGUGAAACCUUGUGUUCUAUUCAGUGUAUUCCUGUAAACAGAUAGAGUAAAUUUUGGUGCAUCAUGUCAAGUAAUGUGAUUAAUGAAAAUAUUGACCCUGCAAUUUCCAAACAGAGAGAAGAAUAAAAAGAAA